AACAGCUAUAAAAUCCCCCUCUGGCUAAUGUGCCACAUGCUAACAAGUCAAAUACAGAGGUGAGAUAGUCUUCCCCUGAAGUUUGUUAAAUGUUCAAUAACUUAGAUUCCGUCUCUUUAUUAAUUACUGUUGUUUAUUAGUGUUUGGCGACAGAGUCAGCCUUGAUCUGCGAGCUGUGGCGCUGUGAAGGAGUCGGGUGUGCCGUUAUUGUUUUUAUGACAUAUUUGGCUUCCCCUGCAGCUCUAAUGAAGGCAAGCAGCAGAGUUAUGGUGCAGGUGUUGUUGCUGGCGCUGGUGGUUCAGGUCACCCUGUGCCAGCACUGGUCCUACGGAUGGCUACCAGGUGGAAAGAGAAGUGUGGGAGAGCUCGAGGCGACCAUCAGGAUGAUGGGCACAGGAGGAGUAGUGUCUCUUCCUGAAGAAGCCAGUGUCCAAACCCAAGAGAGACUUAGGCCAUACAAUGUUUAUGAUGAAUCUCAUCAUUUUGACCGGAAGAAAAGGCUCCCGAACCAAUGAAGAGCAAGAAAAGGAGGCUGUUUUAUUUUACACUGAUGACUUCAAUAAAUCACUGUUACAAAAAUG